AUGGUGUGUAGCGCCUUCAUGCUUGCCGCCGCUACCUUGGUCACCCCUCUUGUCUCUGCCUCUGGGAUGACGGUCAACCUUACCACACCAACCGUGUGGACGCGCGGCACGAACGUCAACGAGACCUGGUCGUCGGUUGUGGGGCCCUAUAAUUCCGGACUGUUUAGCCUGCUUCUCGUCAAUACCAAUGAUACGGGAGUGACCCUGUAUACGCUCGCUACGAAUGUCCCCGCCUACUACGAUAUAAUACAUUUCACAGUGCCGACAGAUGUGCCCGUUUCGUCCAAUUACACGUUGCAAGCAGUGAACCUCACGAAUUAUGACCGCCCUUUGCCAUUCCCGCAAGGCAACUAUCUGCCUAAGAUGUCAGAGUGGAUGAAGAUAAAAGCAGAGUAUAAACGAAGCUUGGGGCUCACAAAGCACUGUCUGCACCUCCCGUCAUGGCCUUCAUUCGAAGCUAGCCCCUCUGUGUGUGGGCUUAGGUUACAGACACCCACUGGAGUCUAUCCCGGCGCGGUCGUUGACGAGACUUGGGUGUCUGAGCCUUCCGAUCCUGCGACCUUCUCUCUCUGGAUUGUUAACCCGGACGUGCACAUUGGGUUAGCGCUCGUCGCAUCCGUCAAUACCUCUGAGGGGCAUGUUUACUUCACCGUUCCUGAUCUGCCGCCUUCGUGA